AUGACCUUGCAUUCUGAUAAGUACUACGCAAACGAAGACAUCACGGGCAUUGAUAUGAAGACUGAGCACGAGCACUGCGAAGAUGCUGGAAGCGACGUUGUGGCUCAUGGCGGCUUGCAUCGUCGCCUCAACAACAGGCAGAUACAGCUUAUUGCCAUUGGCGGAACCAUUGGCACUGGCCUAUUUGUGAGCAUCGGGGCUGCUCUCGCCAAAGGGGGACCCGCGAAUCUUCUGAUCUGCUUCCUGCUCUACUCGUGUGUGGUGGCCCUCGUCAACAACUCCAUUGCCGAGAUGGUCACGUAUAUGCCUGUUUCUGGGGGGUUUAUUCGCCUUGCGGGCGAGUGGUUCGACGAUGCCUUAGGAUUCAUGGUCGGCUGGAACUUCUUCUUGUACGAGGCUCUUCUCAUUCCCUUUGAGAUAGUGGCACUGAAUAUCGUGUUAUCCUUUUGGGCACCUGGCAUCUCGGAACCUGGGCCUUUGACUGGAUUUUGUGUAGGGGUUAUUGUCUCCUAUGGUAUUAUUAACGCCGUUGCGGUGAAUAUCUUUGGCGAAGCCGAGUUUUGGCUUUCAGCAGGGAAGGUCAUUCUGGCAUUCAUGCUUUUUGGCUUUACAAUCAUCACUAUGGCUGGCGGGAACCCUCAAGGAUAUGCAUACGGCUUCCGGAACUGGCACACACCUGGUGCCUUUGCGACUUUCACUUCCACUGGAGACCUCGGCCGCCUUGAAGGGUUUAUGGGCGUAUUGGUCACCGCGGUAUUCAUCAUUGUCGGGCCCGACUAUAUCUCUAUGGUGGCCGCUGAGGCAAAGCACCCCAGCCGAUAUAUCAAGUCAGCCUUCAAGACAGUAUACCUUCGCUUCGGUAUCUUUUUUGUUGGAAGUGCUGUGGCAGUCGGGAUCGUGAUUCCCUAUGACGAUACGAAGCUACGAAGCAUCCACAUCGAUGGUCAGGGCACCGGGACCGCCAAUGCCUCGCCAUAUGUCAUCGCGAUGCAGAAUAUGGGCAUCACUAUCCUUCCCCAUAUCAUUAACGCCUUGCUAUGUACGAGCAUCUACUCGGCGGGCAAUACUUAUACCUACUGUGCCGCUCGCUCACUGUACAGUUUAGCCCUCGAGGGUCAUGCUCCAGCUUUCCUCAAGCGGGUCACAAAGUCUGGUAUUCCUAUCAAUUGCUUUGCAAUUACCAUGGCCUUCCCAUUCUUGGCAUUUCUACAGGCCAACAGCGGCUCUGCAAAGGUUCUGAGUACCCUCAUCUCCGUCAUUGCUGGUGGUUGUCUUGUCAACUAUAUCGUCAUACUGAUUACCUUUCUAUCUUAUUAUGAAGCCUGCAAAGCUCAAGGUGUCGAUCGCAGAAGCAGACCAUAUUAUGGAUACCUUCAACCCUACGGUGCCUGGGUAGCUCUGGUCCUGGAGAUAGCUAUCGCAAUUUCCUAUGGAUACACCGCUUUUCGCCCUUGGAGUCCCUCCAAUUUCUUCGCCAACUAUACCAUGCAGCUUGUUGCACCUAUGUUAUACACAGGAUGGAAGUUGGUUAAAAAGACAAGGAUCAAAAAAGCCCAUGAGGUAGACCUUCCAUGGGCUCGGUCAAGCAUUGAUCGGUAUGAAGCUGAAGCACUGGUCAAGGAUCCGCCUUCGAGCUUCUGGGGAGAGAUGGCGUCGUUGAUAGGCUUUGGCAAGAAGAAUUUGUAA